CGGGUUGUCUUUGUGGCGGUGGUGUGGUGGUGGGUUGUGUGGGCGGGGGCGCGGCGGGAGAAGAUGCUGCGGCGGGGGGCGGUGGUGGUUGUGUGGCGGGUUGAUCUGAGAGGCAUGGUUGCGGUUUUUUUUGGGGAGUGAAGGAGGUUUGGUUCAAGUGGUUUUGAUUGUUUGGUUGUUUUGUUUGAUGGGGUUGACUUGCAGUCAGGUGGUUGUUUGUUUGGAUUGUUGGGUUUGGUUGUUUGGUAGCUUGAUGCUGAUGAUGAGAGGAGGGAAGAUGAUGGUAGGUGGGGUUGGAGGGUGGUUUAUAUGCUUUCUUGGUGGUUCUAUUCAGGAAUGCGAUUUUGGAGGUGAUCAGGUAUGUCAGAUGGCGUAUGUUGGUAGAUUGUGUGAUUUGGGCAUGUCAUCAUCGCGGGGUGGGAGGUUCGUGAACAGACAGGGGGUCUUGCGGGAUCAGGGCCCCGGGAGGGGGAUGAUGUCAGGGUCCAGGGGAUCUACGUUUUUGUGCGUGUGUGUGUGGUCUCGAGUCUGAGGUCUCUACAAUACCUACAUGCUGCGCUAAAGGCGACAAGGCUAGGUAUCUCUCUUUUCGUAUGAACACUGUUAGU